UUCUCCGCCUCACCUUUCCCCCCUCUCUCUCUCCCACGCACUCUCGCCUUCUCCACACAAAGCUCGCAAAUGGCGAUCUCCACCUGGAGCACGCGCCUCCUCCUCUCCCCCUCCGCCUCCGCCUCGAGCCAUAGACCUAACCCUACCCGCCGCCUCGCCUUCCCCUCCCCCAUCUCCGGCCCCGGCCGCCAGGCUCCCCGCGCCUACAUCUCCGCGCCGGCGUCCGGCCCCGACGCCUACCCGUCCCCGGCCCUCGACGCCGCGGCGGCGGCGGCGGACGUCGCCGCGGCCAUCGCCUCCUCGGACGCCGUCACGUGGGCGGGGGUCUGGGCCCUCCUGUCGCCGCACAGGGCCCGCAUCGCGGUCUCCCUCGCGGCGCUCCUCGCGUGCACCACCUGCACCCUCUCCAUGCCGCUCUUCUCAGGGAGGUUCUUCGAGACGCUGAUAGGAAGGGGCUCCGAACCCCUGUGGAGGCUGCUGUCCAAAAUCGCCGUGCUGUAUACGCUGGAGCCCAUAUUUACAAUCGUAUUCGUGAUCAACAUGACCGUGAUCUGGGAGAAGGUGAUGGCGAGGCUCCGGAGCCAAAUAUUUCGCAGGAUUCUAAUCCAGAAGAUGGUAUUCUUUGAUCGUCACAAGGUUGGCGAGUUGACUGGUUUGUUGACAUCUGAUUUGGGUACUUUGAAGAGUGUCGUAAGUGACAACAUAUCAAGGGAUCGUGGGCUAAGGGCACUCUCUGAGAUCACCGGUACACUUUGUAUACUUUUCACAUUAUCCACUGAGCUAGCUCCUGUACUAGGACUCCUAAUGGUCUCUGUCUCCGUGCUAGUUGCUCUUUUCAAGAGGUCAACUGUUCCCACAUUUAAAUCUUAUGGAAUUGUCCAAGCACGUAUAUCAGACACUGCAUCAGAAACAUUUUCAGCUAUUCGUACUGUUAGGUCAUUUGGGGGUGAAAAACGACAAAUUUCUAUGUUUGACAAUUUGGCACUUGCUUUCCAGAAUAGUGGCACAAAACUAGGCGUGCUGAAAUCUGCCAACGAGUCAUUGACUCGGGUGGUAGUCUAUGUUUCCCUAAUGGCACUUUAUGUUCUUGGUGGAAGCAAGGUUAAUGCGGGAAAAUUGUCUGUUGGAACCAUGGCAUCUUUUAUUGGUUACACAUUCACACUGACAUUCGCUGUUCAAGGAGCUGUUAAUACUCUUGGUGAUCUACGUGGGACAUUUGCUUCUGUAGAAAGAAUAAAUUCUAUUCUAUCAGCAGAGGACAUUGAUGAUUCACUUGCAUAUGGUUUAGCCAAAGAACUAGAAGAUUCAAAUGGUGCAGUGCACGAAAAUGGCACUGCUAACAAACAUUACAUGUCAGCACUAAAAUCAUCAAGCAGCUGUAGUAAUCUUGCCUGGUCUGGUGACAUUCACCUAGAAGGUGUCCACUUUUCUUACCCACUGAGAUCUGAUGUGGAGAUCUUAAAUGGGCUUGAUCUUACAAUUGAGUGUGGAAAAAUUACAGCACUUGUUGGACCUAGUGGUGCUGGAAAAAGCACAGUGGUGCAACUUCUUGCACGGUACUAUGAGCCAACUCAUGGUCGCAUCACUGUGGCUGGGGAAGACAUCCGUGUAUUUGAUAAAAGAGAAUGGUCUCGAGUUGUAUCCUUAGUGAAUCAGGACCCUGUCCUAUUCUCAGUUUCUGUCGGAGAAAACAUCGCUUAUGGUCUUCCGGAUGAUGUUGUUUCCAAGGAUGAGAUAAUAAAGGCCGCUAAAGCUGCCAAUGCUCAUGAAUUCAUUGUCUCUCUUCCACAGGGCUAUGACACACUUGUUGGUGAACGUGGCAGCCUCCUAAGUGGGGGACAGAGACAGAGAAUUGCUAUUGCUCGUGCUCUUCUGAAAAACUCUCCUAUUCUAAUACUUGAUGAGGCUACCAGUGCACUUGAUACGACCAGUGAACGGCUUGUACAGGAAGCUCUCAAUCACUUGAUGAAGGGAAGGACUUCUCUGGUGAUCGCGCACAGAUUGAGCACCGUGCAAAAUGCGCAUCAAAUCGCUGUCUGCUCAGAUGGCAAGAUAGCAGAACUUGGGACUCAUGCUGAACUGGUUGCUAGCGGUGGCCGAUAUGCGUCACUUGUUGGUACACAGAGGCUCGCAUUUGAGUAAGCAACUUCAGAAAAUUUCUGUUUCCCGAAAGACGUUGCCGACGAGCUCUCUCGACCAUAUUUUACAUCAUCUGACAUAAUAUACGGUGAUAGGUUUACGAAACACAUGUACAUGAAUUACGAAAACCACAUGUAUCAAAGUUUACACUCAAAACACCGAAGGUCUCAAUAGGCUGUGCUCACAAAAUCAAUGUUGUGUUCUGGAACCGCAGUUUCCCCUAUUGUCCUGGGAUGGCCAGCAAUAUUUUGUUUACGUUGUAUUUACCUGAUCUGUUACAGAAGAUCCAAAAGAAAUAACACCUCUUUUCCUUUUGGAAAGGAAUAACCGUUAUUUC